GGAAGGGCAGAAGGAAAGCGAGCUGGGAGUGCGGACGCGAUUCUCGCGAGAAGUAGAGCGAAGGCCUUGGAGAGGGGCGGAGGCGCAGAGGUGCAACACGUGGGGGUUCCGCCAGCGCGGAGUCGGUGUCGUUUAGCUUGGGUCUAGGUUGGAGCUGGAACCGUGGAGAUGCGGAAGGAAACCCCACCUCCGCUCGUGCCCCCGGCGGCCCGCGAGUGGAACCUGCCCCCCAAUGCUCCCGCCUGCAUGGAACGGCAGUUGGAGGCUGCACGGUACCGGUCUGAUGGUUCCCUUCUGCUCGGGGCUUCCAGUCUGAGUGGUCGCUGCUGGGCUGGCUCUUUGUGGUUUUUCAAGGAUCCGAGUGCGGCCCCCAACGAAGGCUUCUGCUCUGCGGGCGUCCAGACCGAGGCCGGAGUAGCAGACCUCACUUGGGUGGGGGAUAAAGGUAUCCUAGUGGCUUCAGAUUCAGGUGCUGUUGAAUUGUGGGAGCUAGAUGAGAAUGAGACGCUUAUUGUCAGCAAGUUCUGCAAGUAUGAGCAUGAUGACAUUGUGUCUACUGUCACAGUCCUGAGCUCUGGUACACAAGCCGUCAGUGGUAGCAAAGACUUCUGCAUCAAAAUUUGGGACCUGGCUCAGCAGAUGUCACUGAAUUCAUACCGAGCUCAUGCAGGACCGGUCACGUGUGUUGCUGCCUCUCCCCACAAGGACUCUGUGUUUCUUUCAUGCAGUGAGGACAGUAGAAUUUUGCUCUGGGAUACCCGCUGUCCCAAGCCAGCAUCACAGAUAGGCUGUAAUGCCUCUGGAUACCUUCCUACCUCCCUGGCUUGGCAUCCUCAGCAGAGUGAAGUCUUUGUCUUUGGUGAUGAGAAUGGAUCUGUCUCCCUUGUGGACACCAAGAAUGCAAGCUGUACCCUCAGCUCAGCUGUGCACUCCCAGUGUGUCACUAGACUGGUGUUCUCUCCACACAGUGCUCCCUUUCUGGCCUCUCUCAGUGAAGACUGCUCACUUGCUGUGCUGGAUUCAAGCCUUUCUGAGAUGUUUAGAAGUCGAGCCCACAGAGACUUCGUGAGAGAUGCUACGUGGUCUCCACUCAACCACUCCCUCCUUACCACGGUUGGCUGGGACCAUCAGGUCAUCCACCAUGUUGUGCCCAUAGAGCCGCUCCCAGCCCCGGGACCUGAGAAUGUUGCGGAGUAGAAUGGAUUUCAGAAAACAAGCGCUCUACUCGCAAGAAUCUACUUGCUUGCCCAUGCCUUCCAGUUGUGAGAGCACAGGAGCCUUGGAGAGCAUGUUUACUCCCCAGUCCUGUGUAGUAACUAGGCAGAUUCUCAGCCUAAGGGAGGCUGCAGCCCGUGUGACUAGGAGGAAAACUCCUUUAUAGAUGGAUGUGUGUGUGAGUACAAGCAUAUGAGUGUAUUGAGUAGUUUGGGGCGGGGAAAUCAUCCUUCAGCUUUCCCAAAGCAAUGCUCUUUAUUCCCCACAAAGUGACCAGAAGCUUUCAUGUUUCUCAAGUCCAAGAAUUGGCUAUAUUGUUUGGGUUAUGAAAUGUGGGUAUUCCUAGAUUUUCUGAUGCAGAGAUGGGGUAACUUAUUUUUAUAUACAUUUAAUAAUUCAUUAUUAAAGGAAAUACUUCCAUUCACAGAAGUUCAGCCCAGUGUUCCUUGAGAAGACACAGGAAAUACCCCAAAUUUCUGUUAAAGUGAAUCAACUUUAUUUUUCGGGUGAAUAAAUUUAGCUGUUGGAAUGUAGUUCUUGUUCACCCUUUGCCCUCCUUCUGCUGUAUGAGAGAUAUGAGUGUUUUCCUGUCCUAAAUUUCACAGAAAGUUUUAGGGAUGAUGAGCGCUUAAAGGUGUUUCAGUGAAUUCAGAAAACUGACUUGGUUUGUUACAGAGAAAUCUUUGUCAUUUUUUUUCUACUUAAAGAUUUCAUGAGGCCUGAUGACCUCUGGGCACCUUCCUCUGGAGAUGUGAAGUCUAAAUGCUGUAUUUGUGGACUCCUAAGAUUUGAGAUCUAGUAUAGGGAAACUCAGAAAUGCUGAAAGGUGAAAUAAAGACCUUCAUCAUUGGCCUUUUCCCUACCUAAGCUGUUAUUUUUUUACCUGCUUCAGUUAGGUGAGUCACCAGAGUGUCAGUCUUACUGCCCAGUGUCUGUUUUCCACCAUUCCCAAAGCAGCUAGUUAAAAAGAACUUAAACAUGUAUUUAUACUUGCUCUUGGUCUAGCCACUCCAGAGUGUUGAUAAAUACUGAUUAUAUUGGAACUUAGGAUUUGGUUAUAUACUAUUAAAUUACGGGGAAAGAAUCAGAUGGGUAGGUGGACUCACUUUAUGCUGCUCAGCUUGUGUUUGUGGUCACCUAGGGAAAAAGAGCAGACAGUACAUUUAUAUGGCCUGUUUCUUGGGCUUAAGACUGAUGGUGGUGGGUAGGACUUUAAAGAAAUAAGAUUUAAAAAGUGACAACCAAAGAAGAGAAACAAGUUUUUGAAGAACUGUUACAGCUUGUCAUUGUUUAGAAAUGAAGAGUAGGGUGGAUGAGAGCACGUUCUAAUGCUCCAGAGAGCCUAAGUUUGAUUCCCAGGCUCAUGACCACCUUAACUCCAGAUCAGGUGCCUCUGGCCUCCAGAGGCCCAUCACUUACAUGCACAUAAAAGUCUUUUAGAAGUUUCCUUUUAGGCCUGUAUUAAUAAAAAGUAGUUCACAUUGAUUAAUACUUGUCACAGAUGUAUGAACUCAGUCAAAGCCACAAAUAAUGACCAGCAUAAUUUUUGAGUGAUUGUAUAUUAUGAGUAAAGAAGAUAGUUCAAAAUAAAAGACCUGGAAAUAAACAGGACUGUGGCUGGAGUUGCAGCAGGUCAUUCAUUGUCUGAAGAAUUGUUCCAGUCCUGCAAGGCCCAGUGGCUGGGAACAAUGGAGGCAUUUUGCUUGUUGAAAAACAGUUUGAUUCAGGUUACUGUUACUGUUCAAAUGUCUCAACACAAGUGACUGCUUUUCCUCAGCCACUGUCAAACUGCUGACCCACUGUGGUCUGAGACAACCUGAGUGAGUUCUUGGGAUGUGAAACACUGAAGGUCUGUAUAGUCCUGGGUGACAUCAGACAUCACUGAUUCUUUAGGUAUCUCACUGUAGAACAGAUGGUCCCUGGUGCUUUAGUAAAGAGCCAUGUGGACAUUUCUUGUAGCUUACUGUCACAGCUUCAAAAAUACCCAAAGUCAGGGGCAGAAGAUUGUUUAGUGGGGUAAAAGUGCCAUCAAAUCUGACGGCCUGAGUUCAGUCUCUGCUACCCACAUGGUGAAAGGACUGUACUACUCAGCAAGUUGUCCUUUGCCCAUCUAUCUGCACAUAAAGAAUGUACCCCAAACUCAAACUGCUUUGGGCGUCUAUAUCUUUAGUUUAUAAGGAAAGGCAGGACAUUGGGGAAGAGGACUGUGUUCUAAAACUCAUCAACUUUAAAGGACGUCAUGACAUUGCUGUUUCUAGACAGGAGAGUAAAGAUACUGGUUUUUAAAAGGUACUGGAUUUGGACAGAAUGAAUAAUGUCCUGUAUUUUCUUUGUGUUUUGAUAAUUGUUUGCCUUAGCUUUGAGUUCACCAAAUAAAUGUGAAUAGAAAAAGACAAUA